AUGUCGCUUCUCACCGUGGAUCAGUCAGCGAACAAAUGGAACUGCUACUCCUUCGAAGAGGCCUCCCUAGCCCUGGAACCGAGUCAAAUCAACCUCGGUUCGGGCUAUUCGGUGAAGACCGAUGUGGUGAACAGUGGCGAUAAACUGACAUAUUUCAUGAGGUAUCUCAUAUUUAUUUAUAAUCUCUGCAAGGGCCAAUCGGUGAAUUCCAGUGGCGCUUCCUCUUCCGGUCGAGCCCCAUCUUACGGCGUAGUGGCAACAUCUACUGGGCAAGAUCACAGCGAACCAUCCACUUCUACAGCCGCCAAGCCACUGCGACCGGUCAACGGACCUACUACUACCUCGAAAUACCCUAAUACCAACUCAAGCACUUUGAAGAGCCCCGUCACACCCAUUGCUACCACCAUCACCAUGGAUCCGAAGGUCACAGCGGAGCUGAUGCAUCUGAGGUCGAUGCUUAAGGAGAAGGACAGACGGUUGGAUGAGCUACACUCGGAGGUGGAUAAACUGAGUUCGGUGCUGGAGCAGCACAUCGGCGAGUGUGACACUUGGAAAAAGAUAAUGUCGCGUUCCCAACCUAAACAAUCAGGAGGUGAGGAUUUCAAUGUGAACAGCGUUAUUGCCGACACACCGGAGGACGUCAAGAAUCCCCCCGCGAUAGCCGAGAGCCUCCUUAUGCGUGCUUCCUCUCUGCGUCGCGGCUCCUUCAACACGAACGCCACUGCUGCCACUAACGCCGCUCAGGAUUCAGUUAACAGCUCCGCAGCCCCAGGAAUGUUGGUGGCGCGAUCACCGCUCUCGUCCGAUGGUUCCGCUGGGGCCACCUCCUCCCCCACUUCAGCCGACGGUCUUGCGCCCCUCCGCCCACCUGCUGUUGCUGGUGCGGGAGGAGUACCGAGCAAACGCCUAGGUGUCUCCGCUGAACCAACCAUAGCUGUGCAGUCUACCGCGCCAGUGGAGAUUAAGUACUAUGAUAAGGACGCGAAGUCGCGACAGGAGAUUCGCAAUGCCCUACGAAACAACGAGUUCCUCAGAAAUUUGGACGCGGUACAAUUGCAGGAGAUUGUCUCGUGUAUGUACAAGCAUAGCAUUGUGGAGGGUUGCUACGUCAUUCGUGAGGGUGAAGAUGGCCAUCACCUCUACGUGGCUGCAGAGGGUGAAUACGAGGUGUGGAAGAACGGGAAAUACCUCUACACCAUGGGUCCUGGCAAUUGUUUCGGUGAACUGGCCCUCCUCUACAAUUGCAAACGCACAGCUUCCAUAAAAGCUGUCAGAGCUGCAAAUAUCUGGGUUUUGGAGAGAAGCAUCUUCCAGUACAUCAUGAUGAAAACGGGCUUGGAGAAGAUGGAGGCGAGAGUAAAGUUCCUUUCAAGCGUGCCUCUUCUGAAGGACCUAGAACAGGGUCAGCUUCAACGUAUAGCGGAUGUUUUGGAGGCCCAAUUCCACCCCGAUGGCGAAUGCAUCAUUCGACAGGAUGAACAGGCGGACAGCUUCUUCAUCAUCCAAUCGGGCGAGGUUCGUGUCACAAUGAAGGUAGUGGGUCCAGACGGUGUGCCAAAGGAGAUCGAGAUCCGUCGGAUGAGGAAGGGUGAGUACUUUGGCGAAAAGGCUCUCCUGGGUGAAGGUAGACGCACUGCCAACAUUUAUGCCGCCUCACCUGCUGGUGUGGAACUCCUCUGCCUCUAUCGAAAAGACUUCCUUGAACUCAUGGGCAACAUUGCUGAUCUUGAGCACAAGGAAUAUGUGGAUCUGGAGCAUCUCCAAUCACAGGGAGGCCAACUAAAGGUAGCCCAUCCUCUCAAGUUGAGCGAAGAUGACCCCACCGUGACCUUGACAGCGGCCAGUCCCACUUCCCUCGAUCAACUACUUGGUCAGCACGAUGUCAAAGCAUCUGCAGGAGACCGGGUCCAACCACCACCCAGUCGCAAGCUCUACGCCCACGAAUACCAAGUUUCCUCCAACCUUCAUCUUACUGACCUUGAACGCGUGGCUGUGAUUGGCCAGGGCGGUUUCGGACGUGUCGAACUGGGGAAGCCUUACGUCACAUGGCAUCCGCUUUUCGAAGAAGAAAUUAGUCUAAGGCAAACUCCACGUGGCAAGUCGCUUCUCCAGAUCAUUCAACUUCGUUCCCGUCUUGGUCUUGUCGAGCUGGUGCGACCAAUCAGCGACCACAGCAUCGCCUUCGCUUUGAAACGUAUGAAGAAGGUGCAUAUUGUGGAGACGAAGCAGCAGGACCAUGUUCACUCGGAGAAGCAAAUCCUCAUGUCUGUCGACAACUGUUUCAUCUGCAAACUCUUCAAAACCUUCCGAGACAACAAAUUUGUCUACAUGCUGAUGGAAUUCUGUCCCGGUGGCGAACUGUGGACUGUCCUUCGUGACCGACGCGCCUUCGAUGAUAAGCUAACGCGAUUCAGUCUGGCCUGCGUGAUUGAGGCCUUCGAUUAUUUGCAUCAUCAGGGGAUUAUCUACCGGGAUUUGAAACCGGAGAACAUGCUUCUAACUAGCACUGGUUAUAUAAAGCUCUGUGACUUUGGUUUUGCAAAGCGGCUGGGUCCCCAACGUAAGACAUGGACGUUCUGUGGAACACCGGAGUACGUAGCACCAGAGGUCAUCCUGAAUAAAGGCCACGACUUUGCCGCUGAUUACUGGUCCCUCGGAAUCCUCACUUGUGAACUCCUGAUGGGCACGUGA